CAGUAUUAGAAAAUAUACGGUACAUUCCUGUUAGUAACUACUAUGUCAACUUUGAAAUAUAAAGCUCCUUCACCUUAUACUUUGAAGGCUCCGCCACCACCAACGGAAGAUGUUACUUAUUACGAGCAUCUUAAGGACCUGAAUCUCAGUGGAAAUUCUGAAGCACAGGUAUUUGGAGUGGCUGUUUUUGGAAUAGGCAGAGCUGGAACAAUUCAUAUUACCAAUCUCGUGAAAAACAGAAGAGGCAAAAUUUUAUAUGUGGUGGAUGACGACAAAGAGAAAUUGUUGAAAGUUAAAAAUUACUUUAAUUUACUUCAAGUUGAAUUCAUUACUAGCGCCGAACAGAGCACUGUAUUUACAGAUCCCAAUGUGAGAUACAUCGUAUGUGCCUCGCCAACUUACACACAUGAAGAUAUUAUAACGGAGGCUUUGAAAAGCAACAAGGCGGUGUUCUGCGAGAAACCCAUAGCUGAAACUAUUGAGCAGUCGAGGACUUUGUUUGAAUUGGCUGAAAAAGUUAAUCAACCGCUGUUCAGCGCUUUUAACAGACGAUUUGAUCCAACUUAUGCUGCAAUAAGGGAAAGAGUGAAACAAGGAGAAGUUGGAAAAGUAUUGACUGUAAAAGUUUCUAGUCGAGAUUCGCCUCUACCAAGUCUGGCUUAUCUAAAAAUUUCUGGAGGAAUAUUUCACGAUUGUGCAGUACAUGACAUAGAUCAAGUGAUUUCCAUACUGGGCGAAUACCCUACUAAAGUGUCAGCCAUAGCACAUGCCAACAUUCCAGAGAUUGACGAAAUCGACGACGUUGACACUGUAGCAAUUGUUUUAUCCUUUGACAGCGGUGCCAUCGGCAUCAUCGAUCUCAGCAGGCAAUGCGUCUACGGAUAUGACCAGAGAUUGGAAGUUUUUGGCGAAAAGGGGAUGCUGAAGACAGAAAAUCGUGCGCCUGUGCAAACUAUCGAAAAAUACACCCAUGAGAGUGUCAAAAGAGCACCAAUUUACUAUUCUUUCGCUUCUAGAUAUGAGGAAGCUUAUCGAAUUGAAAUGGAGCAUUAUCUAGAUGUUUUAGAAGGAAAAUGCAAGCUUCUAGUCGAAGGUAGGGAUUUAUUGGCUGUUUCGAAAAUAGCUACUGCAGCAGAGGAGUCGUAUAGAGAGGGAAAAUUGGUGGAACUGGAAUGGAAUACAAAUGAGCUUCCGUCAGCCCAAGUGUAGGCAUAAAUCAAUCCAGUGUUUCGUCAAGAUCCUCUCCUGACAAAUAUUCAUUAGCAAUCCGAAUAGCAAAGAAGUUUGAUAAAUUUAGACGGAAGUUAAUUGGAUAUCUUACAAAAAAAUAUGUUUAAUUGUUUAUAAAAAAUACCUUGGGUUUUAAUAUAAUACUUACAUGUUUGGUGCCUAUAUGAUUGCUUUUUACAUGGUAUAGAAAAUUCCAAAAUUCCUGAAAUUGUUUAGUUAAAUAAAAAGUAUAA